AUGUUUUUAGUAUUUAAACAUGUUUCCAAACAUUUCAGUAAAACAGCUCGUCGUGCGCUUUUCUUUGGCGUUUUUGAUGGGAAGUUUUCAAGCGACUUUGAGUCUGAGGUUGCUUUAAUUUCACAAAAAGUAAUUUACAAUAUUUUUAAUUCGGACACUCGUCUUUGGAAUAUUGACCAUUUUACACUUUUAAAUGAAUAUGUUGCUGCUAUGGCUAUUUUGCCGUUUGUUGUUGGCUCUCUACAUAAUGACUUGAAAUUGAAUAUUUAUUCAAACAAGGUUUUAAUUAUUGGACUUGGUGGAGGGUCUUUGGAUAUGUUUUGGCAUAAACGAUUUCCUUGGUUAAAUAUUACAAUAUUUGAAAUAAAUCCAAAUGUUGUUAAAUUAACUGAAAAAUGGUUUGAUACAGUUAAUGAUGACACCAGACACGUUUUUGUACAAGAUGGAAUUUUGGCUUUUAAUGGAAAAUUGAAUAUUGAAAAAGGAAGGAAGGCUGUGAAUAAUAAUGGUUUUUUAUUUUUUUUAAAUUAGUCCAGUCUCGUAAAAAAAUUUUUAUAAGCUGCUGGAGUCCUUAGGAAGCCUUAUCUCUGGGGUAUCUUAUUUAAAGACCACCGUCCCUGUGGACUAUGGGAGCCUCUUCCCUAGGGCCACUGUCUUUGUCACCGAGGCUAAAACCAUCGCAACCCCCGUCCCCGCGCAAAAAGC